UCUAGCUAUCCAUAUGGAACUUCACAAGUAGUAAUUUUAAUGACCUAGCUAGCAUUUGAAGACAAUCUAUGUAUGUUUGAAUAAAACAUAUCCAUGGGAGGUCAGAAGGUGGUGGUGAUCCAGGAUGCAUCCCGAGAAGUUAUUUGGAGCGCGAUCAGAUGGAUCCUGCACGGCUUUUCACUUAAGCCGGGCGAUGAGCUUACACUUCUUGCUGUUCUUCACCAGGUUAAUAACCCUAGUACGUCAUCUCUCAUGGGAGCUGGGAAAUUUUUGGGAUUCAGAAGUAAGGUGGAUUCCGGUAUUUUUGGAGCAAACCCAAAACUUGUGGAGGAAGAAGUAGCCAGGAAGAGCGACGAGUACCAGAAGAAUGAAGAAGCAGCACAACUUUCUCACCAAUGCAAAAUGCAAAAGAUUAAGUUCUGCAUAGAGGUGCAACCCUGGCCUUCUCCAAAAGUGGUUGCUGUAGAAGUUGCCAAAGAAUUUAAGGCAUCAUGGGUGAUACUUGACAGGCAGAUGAAGAAAGACAAGAAAUACUUCUUGGAGAGGCUCUCAUGUGGAAUAUCAAGGAUGAAACGCGAUAACACCAUUGAACAGCUAAGAGGGCCAAAAGCAAUUGAGAACCCCAAAUUGGCUGCAGGAAAAAGCACCACUACCUAUGUAACAUAUGCUGAAAUGAUUCCAGAACUGGGGAAAAAUGUUUCUCCCAAUAAAUCUCCAAACACUCAAAAGACCCCCUCAGGCACGGAACAAGGUGGCGAUGAAAGUGGAGAACCCCCACGUGAAAACCAUCAGAAAUUGCCAUUAUCUAAAUCCUCAUCAAGUGACCACAUGUUGACAAUUGCAGUUCCAAAUUCAAGCAAAGGGAACACAGUUCAGGAGGAAGAAGACAUCACUACAAAAACUGAACAAGAAAUGGCUGAAGAACAGUCCUCAUUUUCCAUUCCUGAUGCUAAAGAUGGGGGUCAAACAGAGGUAAAUAAUACAGCUAGUCCAAAUGAACUAGAGAAGCACACCAGGGAAGGCAAUUUGAUGGGAGGGUUUAAAUCAGACCAGGCAUUUGAAAAUUCCAUAUGCUCAGUCUGCCAAAACAAACGACCCAUGUUUGGAUGGAAGAAAGAGUUCACUUAUGCAGAGCUCCAUGCAGCUACAGAGGGGUUUUCCUCAGCGAACUUUUUAUCAGAAGGUGGAUUUGGUUCUGUGUACAGAGGAGAGCUGAAAAAUGGUUUGAAGAUUGCCGUUAAGCAACAUAAUCAUGCUAGCUUUCAAGGAGAGAAAGAAUUCAAGUCCGAAGUUUAUGUGCUCAGCAAGGCCAGACAUAAGAAUUUGGUUAUGCUGUUGGGCUCAUGCUCAGAAGGGAGUCACAGGCUGCUUGUUUAUGAGUAUGUCUGCAACGGUGAACUGGACAAACAUUUAUCAAGAAACACAAAGGAACCUCUCAAUUGGGACAACAGGAUAAAAAUAGCAUUGGGAGCUGCCACAGGCUUAAAAUAUCUUCAUGAAACCAACAUCAUCCACAGAGAUGUGAGACCAAACAACAUUCUUGUAACACAUGAUAAUGAAGCACUGCUAGGAGAUUUUGGUCUGGCAAGAACUCAUCAUGAAGAUGCAGAUGACUCACAGACCAAAGUUGUUGGAACUCUUGGAUACUUGGCUCCAGAAUAUGCAGAAAGUGGAAAGGUGUCCAGCAAAACAGAUGUUUAUUCCUUUGGGGUGGUUCUAUUACAGCUGAUCACUGGACGGAGUACGACAGAAAAGAUCACUGAUGGGGAAAGUCUUACUGGAUGGGCACGACCACUUUUGAAAGACAAGAACUACCCAGAUUUGAUUGAUGAAAGGAUUGUGGACUCCCAUGACAUGCACCAACUGUUUUGGAUGGUUAUAGUAACAGAAAAAUGUCUCAGCAAGGAUCCUAAGAAGAGAUGGAAUAUGAAAAAUGUGGUUGAUGCUUUGGAGUACAUAAGCUUUGGAAACACAACAUGUAUAAGAGACUUCUCACCUCCAGAAUCAGAUUCGAUAAGUACCAUAAUGGACUCCCCUGGAUCGCAAAACAAUUCUGAGGAAAGCCCUAGUAAUACACGAGUAUCCACACUCAGAGACACCAUAUCUGCAAGAAAAUCGAGAGUGUCGUCGUCAACGAGUUCUGAACAAUCCAAUCACCUUGGUGGAAAGGAAAGAGAGAGAAGAAAGGGAAUGGGAAUGAACAAUAGCGAAUUGCUUUACGAGGAGAUGCUUAAUUGAUGAAUUUCUCAAGUUUCCAGAGUCUCUGCUCUGUUCUGUGCUCUGUAUUUGGAAAUGGCAGUUAAUUACCUACCUCACAGUUUCUUAGGGCUGUAAAUAAAAGGGUCCACUCUGUUUCUAUGUUAAAAAUUAGAAGGAAAAAAAAAAUGUUACCUCUGUAACAAAUUUGUCAAUUU